GCGUGAACGUCGUGCGUGUGUCAUAGGAGUAGCGUUCAUUAAUUGUUUUUAAGUUAAACGCUAUCAAAAUUGGGUGUGAGUUCACGGAAGUGUCUUCAAGAAAUAGAAACAGUUUAAAUCCAUUUACAAUCCGGUGUCGAUAGCGUCUUUUGGACAAAAACUAGUGAACGGUCGCCAACCUGGCAGGGGGGAAAAAAAGUUAACCAGACGGCAACGCAGGGUGUACCAAUUUGCAUUCCUGUUCAAAAACAAAAAGUUGUGCUUUUAAGUUGAAAUAUAAAUGUGUGCUUAAGUCGUUUUGUUUAUGAAUUUUGAAGCCCACUAAAUUCAAAAUGAGGCUGCGAAGAGCGUCGACGACAACAAUUUCAAUUUGCAGCUGUAUUCUUUUGCUUCUGGGCAGCAACAGCGUGGGAAUCGUGCAAGCAGAUUCCUUCAGUGAUUAUUUCUCCGACUAUGAAUGCAAUCAACCGCUGAUGGAACGGGCUGUUUUAACGGCAACUUCAUCGCUGACAGAACGUGGACCGGACAAGGCGCGUCUUAAUGCUGGCACCUCUUGGUCUGCCAAAAGCUCGGACUUUGAUCAGCGUCUGAUUGUUAAUUUGGGUGAUGUGAAAAAUGUCACACACAUUGCGCUGCAAGGACGCCCGCAUAGCAAUGAGUAUGUGACGGAGUAUACCAUUAGCUAUGGUAUAACCGAUUUAGAAUUUGCCGACUACAAAGAGCCGGGUGGCAACGUCAAGAUGUUCAAAGGCAACUCGGAUGGAAAUUCGAUACAUUACAACAUUUUCGAGGUACCCAUCAUAGCGCAAUGGGUCCGCAUCAAUCCCACUCGCUGGCAUGAUCGCAUUUCCAUGCGUGUGGAGCUCUAUGGUUGUGAAUACGUUGCCGAAAAUCUAUACUUCAAUGGCACCGGACUCGUUCGGUAUGAUCUGCGUCGCGAGCCUGUGGCCUCCACUCGCGAAUCCAUACGCUUUCGCUUUAAGACAGCCUUUGCCAAUGGCGUAAUGAUGUAUUCGCGUGGCACUCAAGGCGAUUACUAUGCUUUGCAACUGAAGGACAAUAAGAUGGUGUUAAAUUUGGACUUGGGCUCUGGUAUCAUGACUUCGCUUUCGGUGGGCAGUUUGCUGGAUGACAACGUGUGGCACGAUGUAGUGAUCUCUCGCAAUCGUCGCGACAUUAUCUUCUCGGUAGAUCGUGUAAUUGUUCGUGGACGUAUCAAGGGUGAAUUUAGUCGCUUGAACCUGAAUCGAGAGCUAUAUUUGGGUGGCGUUCCAAAUGUGCAGGAGGGCAUUAUUGUUCAGCAGAAUUUCUCGGGUUGUUUGGAAAACAUAUAUUUAAAUUCCACGAAUUUUAUACGCAACAUGAAGGACAGCUAUGAGCUGGGCGAGGCAUAUUUGUUUACCCGAGUCAAUACCAUCUAUGCGUGUCCUUCGCCGCCCAUUUAUCCGGUAACGUUUACCACUCGCAGCUCUUUUGUGCGCCUCAAGGGGUACGAAAACUCUCAGCGCUUGAAUGUAUCCUUCUAUUUCCGUACCUACGAGGAGAGUGGUGUCAUGAUGCAUCACGAUUUUUAUUCAGGCGGGUAUAUCAAGGUAUUCCUGGAAUUUGGAAAAGUUAAAAUCGAUUUAAAGCCCAAAGACAAGCCGCGUAUUAUUUUGGACAACUAUGAUGAGCAAUUUAAUGAUGGAAAAUGGCACUCGUUUGUGAUUUCCAUCGAGCGCAAUCGCCUGGUGCUCAACAUUGAUCAACGCCCCAUGACCACGACAAAGAAUCUACAGAUUGCUACUGGUCCUCUCUACUACAUUGCGGGUGGCAAGGAGAAGAAUGGCUUUGUGGGCUGCAUGCGUUUGAUUUCGGUUGAUGGAAACUACAAACUGCCGCAGGACUGGGUGCAGGGUGAAGAGGUGUGCUGUGGAGAUGAGGUCGUCGUAGAUGCCUGCCAAAUGAUUGAUCGCUGCAAUCCAAAUCCCUGCCAGCAUAAGGGCGUGUGUCAUCAGAAUUCAAUGGAGUUCUUCUGCGAUUGCGCCCACACUGGUUAUGCGGGAGCCGUGUGCCACACUUCAAACAAUCCACUCUCCUGUCAGGCUCUGAAGAAUGUACAGCAUGUGCAGCAACGCGUCAAUAUGAACAUCGAUGUGGACGGAAGUGGACCGUUGGAGCCCUUCCCCGUCACCUGCGAAUUUUACUCCGAUGGCCGCGUCAUUACCACCCUGAGUCACAGUCAGGAGCACACCACCACUGUUGAUGGAUUCCAGGAACCGGGCUCGUUCGAGCAAUCAAUCAUGUACGAUGCCAAUCAGCUGCAAAUCGAAGCUCUGCUCAAUCGUUCCCACAGUUGUUGGCAGCGUCUCAGCUACUCCUGCCGCUCGUCACGCCUCUUCAAUUCACCAUCGGAGCCCGGCAACUUCCGUCCAUUCUCUUGGUGGGUUUCUCGCAAUAAUCAACCCAUGGACUACUGGGCAGGCGGUCUACCUGGAUCGCGGAAAUGCGAAUGUGGUAUUUUGGGCAAAUGUCAGGACCCCACAAAGUGGUGUAAUUGCGACUCCAAUACGCUAGAUUGGACAGAAGAUGGUGGUGAUAUUCGCGAGAAGGAAUAUCUACCAGUUCGUGCAGUAAAGUUCGGCGACACCGGCACACCGCUAGAUGAGAAGCAGGGUCGUUACACGUUGGGACCACUGCGCUGUGAGGGCGAUGAUCUGUUUAGUAAUGUUGUAACCUUCCGCAUUGCCGAUGCCUCAAUCAAUUUGCCGCCCUUCGACAUGGGCCAUUCGGGCGAUAUAUAUCUUGAAUUCCGCACCACGCAGGAAAAUUCAGUGCUAUUUCACGCCACCGGCCCUACCGAUUACAUUAAACUCAGUCUGAACGGUGGCAACAAACUACAGUUCCAAUAUCAGGCAGGCAGCGGGCCACUGGGCGUUAAUGUGGGCACCAGCUACCACUUGAACGACAACAACUGGCACACAGUGAGUGUGGAGCGUAAUCGCAAGGAGGCGCGUCUCGUUGUCGAUGGCUCCAUCAAGGCGGAAGUGCGUGAGCCGCCAGGUCCAGUGCGUGCGCUGCAUUUGACCUCAGAUUUGGUAAUUGGUGCCACAACAGAAUAUCGCGAUGGCUUUGUAGGCUGUAUACGUGCCCUGCUGCUCAAUGGCAAGAUGGUGGACUUGAAGCAAUAUUCUACCCGUGGUCUCUACGGCAUCAGCACAGGCUGUGUGGGUCGUUGUGAAUCCAAUCCGUGCCUCAACAACGGCACAUGCAUUGAACGCUAUGAUGGGUAUAGCUGUGACUGUCGUUGGAGCGCAUUCAAGGGACCAAUUUGUGCAGAUGAAAUUGGCGUCAACUUGCGUUCCAGCUCAAUCAUACGUUAUGAGUUUGAAGGUUCCUUCCGGUCCAGCAUUGCUGAGAACAUACGUGUUGGCUUUACAACAACUAUACCUAAAGGUUUUCUACUGGGUUUCUCAUCUAACCUGACCGGCGAAUAUUUAACCAUACAAAUAUCCAAUUCAGGACACUUACGAUGCGUCUUCGACUUUGGCUUCGAGCGUCAAGAAAUCAUAUUCCCCAAAAAGCAUUUCGGUCUUGGCCAGUACCAUGAUGUGCACUUCAUGCGAAAGAAUAGCGGUUCCACAGUCGUCCUACAGGUCGACAACUAUGAGCCGGUGGAGUAUCAUUUCGAUAUUAAGGCCUCAGCAGAUGCCCAGUUUAAUAAUAUCCAAUACAUGUACAUUGGCAAAAACGAGUCCAUGUCCGAUGGCUUUGUAGGUUGUGUAUCGCGUGUGCAAUUCGAUGAUAUCUAUCCCCUUAAGCUGAUGUUCCAGCAGAAUCCACCAAAAAAUGUGAAAUCGCUAGGCACUCAACUAACCGAGGACUUUUGCGGCGUUGAGCCCGUAACACAUCCCCCCAUUGAAAUUGAAACCAGGCCACCACCAUUGGUGGAUGAAGAGAAGUUGCGCAAGGCUUACAAUGAAAUAGAUUCCGUGCUGCUAGGCUGUCUGCUCGUUAUACUCUUCUUACUGGCCUUAUUAGUGAUCUUCCUAAUUGGUCGUCAUUUGCAUCGACACAAAGGGGACUAUUUGACGCAUGAGGAUCAGGGCGCCGAUGGUGCCGAUGAUCCUGACGAUGCAGUGCUGCAUUCAACCACUGGCCAUCAAGUAACGAAAAGACGCGAGAUCUUUAUUUAGAUGUUGAAAUUGGUGGGGAAGUAUUUGGAGGAUGAAGGUAUCCGCUUGCUGGUUGCAAGUGUGUGCAGGAAGACACAAAUUGUUUGUAAACGCCUUAGACAUGCAACACCAUUUAAACACACAAAACAAAAAUCAAACGAUAGGAAACGAUACAGAUGCAGAUCACUUUUUAUAUGUGUCCAUAAUUGUACUUUUUCCCUACACUGCCAAUUGUUUUGCAGAAGAUUUGCAGUAACAUUUGCUUUAUAAUUGGUUAAAGUUUUGAUGUAUGUAUUGCUUUUGAUGCUCAACGGCAUUUUACCUUAUUUUUACUUUGGAACUCUCAAUAGUUUUACAAAACCGUCCAUUUUUAUUUGAUUUUAUCAUAUUUUUGUUUACCAAAUUAAGCAUAAAUUUUAAUUUAGUUUAAUCAGCAAUCAAUUUUAAAACAAG